AUGCGAAUCCAGGGCCCUUUCUAUGGUGCUGGCGGUUCGCCACAGGCGGGUCUGUACAUCCGUCGAACUGUGGAAGCGUUCGAGAAUGGUGCCCUCCACGCAGAGAUCUGGGCCGUAAUCGGCGCAGUGGCGACGGAGAGUCCCCGGUCGCGCCUCACACAGCGCGGAGACGCCCCGGACUCAGCCCAGAGGAAAUACAUCUGGAUUGGAUCGACUCGACUCGAGGUCUUUCAUUUCAUGCUCCGUGCUGGAAUGAGUCAGGGGCUGUUAAUCACCAUGAAGGAGUAG